AUGUCAACGUUUGAGAUAAUCAUCACAAAUGGAACCUUAGAAAUAUCAGAAAUAAACACUCCAAAAUCAGCACUUAACAGCUUCGAUGACUUAAUUGCAUACUUAGAAAAGCCGUUAUACGGCAAAGCAUCCCGAGAUGAAGUGAUGGUUAGAGCUCUUCUUGUUUGGCUAAGUAAUCAGAAGAUCGAGAAUUUCAAAUCAAAGAGAGGUAGAACAGACACUCCUAGAGGAUUCCUCAGUCUUCUAGGGCAGGACCGUACUACAUAUUCUACAGUUUUUACAGUACUUUGCAGGAAAGCAAAUAUCAAGUGUGCACAAAUACACGGUGUGUGUAAGGCUGGAAAUUACCAACCUGGAGACAGAGACAACAGACGCAGUCAAUGGAACGCAGUGUAUCUAAACGACUCGUGGCAUAUCAUACAUCCAUAUUGGGUUUGUAGGGCAGUUGUUGGGUUAAAAGCAGGAGGCUGGAUUAAAUUGGAAAAAGGUGGAAAAUCAAUCGUAAAACGACAGAAAGCAGAUUCUGGGGUGGUUCAGAAUGCUUUUCAAGAACAAUACAUCAUGCCAGACCCUAUUCAUUUCCUUUAUGAAUGCCACCCGGAUGAUAAAAAGUGGCAGCUUGUACAAAAGCCAAUUACAAGAGAACAAUUUUUUGACCAAGCUUAUUUACAACCUGCGUUCUUUGAAUUAGGAUUGAAGCUGUUAAGUCCCCAAAAGUCACUGCAAACGAAUUGA